UCCACACCAACACUGACCAGACGCGUGGAUUCAGCCUCGACACCGGCGCACAACGUGGAGCUGCCGGAUUAUGAACCACGCUGACAGACUGUACUUGCCGGAUCCCAGCGUCACAUUUCAUUUAAACUGGAAUUACUCAUCAAUUUAUACCGAUUCUAAUGAGUUUCACAUCUCAUUCAUUCCGGAUAAUGUGGAUUAUUAACGUUUCAACUUUGCAUUUUGACGCGCACUGGAGACAGCGCACUGUGGCUCUGGUGUCUGACAGGUGAACACACUUUGAACUUCAUGUGUCUUAGUUUGCUCAAGUGAUUUCCCCCUUCUUAUACCUUUUUUUUUUUUUUUUUAAGGUUUUCUGCUCUAAAACUAUACACCCAGGACGAACUGAACCACAUUUUGCCAUCUAGAAGCGUGUUUUUGUGACAUUUUUUUUUCCAAAGGUCGUCACCUUUCCAAGUAGAAAUCAAUAAACUUCCAGACAACAUGAAGAAGAAACCAGACACCUGCUGAGUUCACAGUGGUAAAUUAUUCAGCUGUGGUUGGAGACUACCUGCUGGGCAGAGGAUGGCCUUUGGGAAGGUGGGCACCACUCUCCUGCUGGUUUUUCUUGUUCUGCUUGACCUUCAGAUGGUCAGCGGUCACUUGUCUCUGCACCGGAGACGUCGAGGACACCACGACCGCCGGCUGCAACAGAACAUCACACUGGCUGUCAUUUUACCGCAAAGCAACACAAAAUACCCCUGGGCGUGGCCUCGCAUCGGCCCAGCCUUAGAACGGGCGGUCCAGAAGGUCAACGCUGACCCCAUGCUUCUCCCAGACCACCACCUCACCUACGCCUUCAAAAACAGCGAAGACAAACAUGGAAUCUGCUCUGAGUCCAUUGCGCCGCUCAUGGCCGUCGACCUCAGACUGGCCUACAACCCAUGGGCCUUCAUUGGACCUGGCUGCUCCUACACCUCCUCCCCUGUUGGCCUCUUCACCACUCAUUGGGAUGUUCCCAUGGUAACGGCAGGAGCACCAGCCGUGGCCUUCUACGGUGGAGUUUACCCAUCUAUCACCAACACUGGCCCCACCCACAAAAAGCUGGGCAGGUUUGCCCUUCGACUCUGCGAGCACUUUGGUUGGAGGGAACAUGUGAUGCUCGUGUUUAACGACAACAAAGUGGACGAUCGGCCGUGUUACUUUGCUACAGAGGGAUUGUACUCAGAACUGAAUAAUGUCAACAUCACUCAUGUGGAGCGAGUGUUUGAAGAGAACAAGCUGCCAAUCAACUACUCCCAAAUCCUUGCCGACAUCCAGAAUGACGCCAGAGUGAUGUUCAUCUGCUGCUCCCCGGACGUCUUCAGGAAGUUGAUGGUUGAGUUUCGGCGGACGAAUCUUCCUCAUGAGCAGUAUGUCUUCUUCUACAUUGACGUGUUUGGGGACAGCCUGAAAGCCAACCACCAGCAGCCCUGGGCUCAUGGUGACGAGGAUGACGCCAUCGCAAAAGAAGCUUUUCAGAGUGUGAAGAUCCUGACGUACAGAGAACCUCAGAACCCUGAAUACAGACAGUUUGUCCAUGACCUGAAGACAGAUGCCCGCAGGAUGUUCAACUACACCAUAGAGGACUCGCUGAUGAACAUCAUCGCUGGAGGUUUCUACGAUGGCCUGAUGCUCUACACUCACGCUCUGAACGAGUCGAUGACGGAGACGGGAGGUCGACCCCCCGGAAAAGACGUCACCAAGAGGAUGUGGAACCGAACAUUCCACGGUGUGACCGGUCUGCUUCACCUGGACGAGAACGGAGACCGAGAGACAGACUUUGCUCUAUGGGACAUGGCAGACACCAACAGCAGCACGUUCCACAUUGUCAUGGUGUUCAAUAGUUCAGAGGAACAGCUGACCGCCGUCCCCGGGACAUCGGUGCACUGGCUUGGUGGUGUUUGUCCUCCUGAUAUUCCCGUCUGUGGAUUCAAGAACGACAACCCCAUCUGUCUGGCCAAGACAAUCACCAUUCAUCAGAUGGUCUCCAUUGUGGUCUUCUUCAUCUUCACAAUGACCCUCACGAUCACUGUCUUUAUCUACAGGAGGAUGAAGCUGGAGAAGGAGCUGGUCGCUCAGCUGUGGAGGAUUUCAUGGGAUGACAUCCAGAUGAGCAACCUGGACAAAGUGCUGCGGAGUGGCAGCAGGAUCACACUAUCACUGAGAGGCUCAAACUAUGGUUCCCUGAUGACUGGAGAUGGAAAUCUGCAGGUUUUUGCAAAGACUGGAUACUACAAGGGAAACAUCGUGGCUAUCAAAUACACAAACAGGAAACGAGUGGAGCUGAACAGGAAGGUCCUGUUUGAACUCAAACAUAUGAGAGACGUCCAGAAUGAGCAUCUGACCAGGUUCAUCGGAGCCUCCAUUGACCCACCCAACAUCUGCAUCAUCACUGAAUACUGUCCCAGAGGAAGUCUGCAGGACAUCCUGGAGAAUGACAGCAUCACUCUGGACUGGAUGUUCAAAUAUUCACUCAUCAAUGACAUCGUAAAGGGCAUGCUCUUCCUCCACAACAGCGUCAUCUUUUGUCACGGCAAGCUGAAGUCGUCAAACUGUGUCGUCGACAACCGCUUCGUCCUGAAAAUCACAGACUACGGCCUGUCCAGUUUCCGAUCGGAGAGUGACUCUGGGAAAGACGCUCACUCCUACUACGCACAGCGUCUGUGGAUGGCUCCAGAGCUGCUCCGGAUGGAAACUCCACCUCCUCAGGGGACUCAGAAAGGGGACGUCUACAGCUUCGGUAUCAUCCUCCAGGAGGUGGCGCUGCGUCGAGGAGCCUUUUACCUGGAGGGAGACCCCCUCAGCCCCAAAGAGAUCGUGGACCGGGUGGUUCUGGGUGAGUGGCCCUGCCUGAGGCCCACCAUAGACACCCAGAGCCACAGUCCAGAGCUGGGUCAGCUGAUGCAGCGCUGCUGGGCCGAGGAGCCGACCGAGAGGCCCGAGUUCAACCACAUCCGAGUACUGCUGCGCAAACAGAACAAGGAGUCGAGGACCAACAUCCUGGACAACCUGCUGUCGAGGAUGGAGCAGUACGCCAACAACCUGGAGGAGCUGGUGGAGGAACGAACGCACGCAUACCACGAAGAAAAACGGAAAGCAGAGGCCCUGCUCUACCAGAUACUACCACACUCAGUAGCAGAGCAGCUGAAACGAGGGGAGACAGUUCAGGCCGAAGCCUUCGACUCCGUCACCAUCUACUUCAGCGACAUCGUUGGCUUCACCUCCAUUUCUGCAGAGAGUACACCAAUGGAGGUGGUGACACUGCUCAAUGACCUUUACACAUGUUUUGAUGCCAUCAUUGACAACUUUGACGUUUACAAGGUGGAAACCAUCGGUGAUGCCUACAUGGUGGUGUCCGGGCUGCCAGUGCGGAAUGGGAAACUACACGGCAGAGAGAUUGCCCGCAUGGCGCUGGCUCUGCUGGAAGCCGUCCGAACCUUCAAGAUCCGACACCGACCGGAAGAACAGCUGAAGCUAAGGAUUGGAAUUCACAGCGGUCCGGUUUGUGCAGGUGUGGUCGGUCUGAAGAUGCCUCGUUACUGUCUGUUUGGAGAUACUGUCAACACGUCGUCACGAAUGGAGUCCACCGGUGAAGCGUUGAAAAUCCAUGUGUCGGCGGCGUCUCGAGACGUUCUGAUGGAGUUCAACUGCUUCCAGCUGGAGCUCAGAGGAGAGAUCGACAUCAAGGGUAAAGGAAAAAUGACCACCUAUUGGCUACUGGGAGAGAGCGACAGCCAAUGACGAGAUGGCAUGAAGGAUGGAGGAAAGAAAGGAGAUGAAAAUGAAGAAGGAAAGGAAAGGAAAGGACAGGAAAGGAUGAAAUCAAGGUUGGAGGAGGAGAAACAAGUUUAAAAAAAGGAUAAAGAAGAGUAAAGGAUUACCAUCUCCGAUUCACUUGUUCCUCAUCUCUGAACAGAAGAACCUGAAAGUUUUCAGACACCUGAACGCAACACUGAAAAAGACCAAAAUGAAAAGAGCGCAAAUGACGCAACAGAAUUUCACAUGCUCCUGAAAAUAAGGAUCAGACAGAAGUGGAUUGUUCAUCGAGGUGUUUUGACUAAAUGAUGAAGAAACAGUGUCUUCUGUCCAUUCAUCCACAUCAGUCUUACAUCAACGAAUAUGGAGUAAAAUAACAGCUGUGGUUGUGACAACAGUGGAAACUGCUUAUAUUCCUUUGCCCAUUCAAAUCUCAAACCAGAUCUUUGUGUUUUGACCAUCAAAGAUUCUGGUCUUGAUCAGAAAAAUGAUCCCAGAAGAAUCAUAAAAAAAUAAAAUAAAUAAAAAUCAGGCUGAUGCUGCGCUCAUGUCAUAUCUUUUAAACUUUAAAAAUGAGAAGCUUAACGGAAAAAGAAGCAAGUGCAAUUUAUGUUUCCAACGAGAAAUUCGGACAUUAAGGGAACCUUGUUAUCACUGCAAAAAAUAUAAUUAUUGACCAAUUCAAGUGUCAACAGGCUGUAUUUUUUGCAACUCAAGGUCAAGUUUAUUUAUAUAGCACAUUUAAAGUGCUGUACAAAGAUAUAAGUAAUAUACAUGAUAUGGUUAACUAGUAAGAAUAAGAAUAAAAUAUACUAUCACUCAGUUAAUAUCUCAAUACGAUCUGUUGUCUGAGAGGAAACAACACCUCUACACCUGCAGCAUUUAGAAAUCCUAAUUUUUGAUGGAAGAUUUUAGCCAAUCACAGGACUUCCCAGAUAAAUUGAGUGAUUGACAGCUGUAAGGACCAAUCACUGUCAUUCCAUAACUCAUCACAGAAGCAGCAUAGUGGCUCCUAUAACUAUAAUAUUUUGGGUUCAUUUUUCUGAAGCAGCAUGAAACAGCUUCAUCAGUUGAUCAUCUCUGUCUGGGUACAAUUGAUCACUAUGAACUGUUUCCACUGUAUUUCUUUAUCAUUGUCAUCUAGAGAUGAAUUACUUUAUGUCUUUAUCUUGUGAGAGCAAAGGUCGAACAGGAGGAGCAGAAAGAAAGAUGUCUUAUCUUCAUAUACAGAUGGCAGCAGCAUUUGUGGAAUAAAGCAACAUUAUUUAUCUCUAAAGCUAAAAAAAAAAGUUAGGAAAUACACAGUAUCUAUAAUAUAAAAGCCAAGGGGCCUCUGUAUGCGUGCGUGUGUUCAAGCACAUGUACCCGGGGAUUCACACAAAAUCCAGAAAGAGCUGACUGCUGUGGUUCGGCAUACUUAUGUAUUUUUGGUAGAGGAAGAGAAUAGCAAAAACAGCAAGUUUACAGGACCAAUA